AUGGAUCGUCACUUAAUAUAUCCUCCGGGGUGGGAUCAACAACGCAAGAAAAACGACUGGGACGCUGAUCCGAGUCUGAAGGGAAAGCCCAUACCAAUCCAAGGAACAAACAUCUUCCUGGACACUCCAGAAGCAGUGAAAGCAUGGAGAGAAGAACGCAAGCGACGGUGGCCCUCUAAGGAUCGAGUAGAGGACAAGAAACGGAAAAUGAGCGAUGCUAUUGCGCGUGGGCAACUUACGAUGCAGGAUAUUGGUGCACAUGGGAAUAAGAGGCGACGGAUGGAUGAUGAGUACGCGCAAGGAAAUCGGGGUGGUAGAGGGAAUGGCCGGGGAAGUAAUCGUGGAAUGAGAGGCGGUCGAGGUAGAGGCAGUGGCAACCAGCGCGGAGGUAGUACUUUUGCUCAACCAGUUCAUCCGCUCCCGCCUCCGCCUCCGCGUCCUGCCCCUCCGGUUUCCCAGCCAGCAAAGUCACCAUUGAUCAAUGAAGUCGCAUAUGAGUCCUCUUCGGACGACGACAGUGAUGCUGCUCCCGAGGUCGUUUCCUCAAAAAUCACGCCUUCGUUGGCCCCAAAGCCUGUUGAAGAAGCCCUUCCAGAUCCAGAAAUCCCUCCAGUUAAGCUGGAUGAAGCGCAAUCGCUGAGACCUGUCAAGAAACCUGUGGCCCCUCGACCACCGAGGCAGCUUCAUAAUCCAUUCUCUUCACAUCACACUCUCCUCCGCAGUCUCCUCCUGCCAGAAAUACGCAUGACGGUCUCGAAUUUAUCGCAAGCCAUACGAUUCCUCGUGGACAACGAUUUCUUAACCGACGUAGAGCUCAAACCCGGUGAGGCAGGGAACAGAAAGAUUGAAGUCCUUCCCUCAACGUCGGCGGAGAUGGCGAGGCAGUAG